AUGAUAAAUGAAUAGUAAAUUACUUAUUCAGUUGAGGAGAUACUAUUUAAGAAUGCCAGAACAAUAGUCUAUCGAGCAUCAGAUAAGUAGAAGAACAACUUCGUAGUCAAGAAGAUUUCGUUAGAAUACAAGAACGAAGUGGAAGUUUGGAAGACCUUAAAGGAGAAGCAAUACUUUGCCAAGUUGUUAACCUCCUUCACCAGUGAACACGAGAACUCAAUAAGUUUGAUCUUUGAGUAUUUGCCGAACACAUUGGCAUCCAAAACAGAGAUGAACCAUCAAGAAUUCAAAAAGUACAUUUAUUAAUUGUUGAUUGCCGUCAAUUCAUUGCAUAAACAAGGAUAUGUCCAUUGCAAUAUAAACCCACAGAACUGUUUGAUUAGAGAUAAUGAAUUAAAGCUGUAUGACUUUAGUAUGACUCAAAAGUUGAACGAAUAAGGCAAAUUUGAAAUUAUUAACAGCUACACUCCUCCUGAAGUGAUCCUAGGAAAUUGGCACAUCUCCGAGUCUUUGGACAUCUGGUCGACUGGUUGUGUGAUAUCGGAAGUGCUGUUGGGUUACCCUCUAUUCAAAGGAACUAAGAGUGCUGAUAUACUACUCUCAAUAGUUAAGAUCCUUGGGACUCCUUCAAAUCAUGAGAUUCAACUCAUGAGUAAUUUCGCAAUCACAGAGGCGAAUCUCAUAAAAGUUAAAAGGGUUUCUUUUCCAGAACUCUUUAAAUUCAAAUUCGACUAUUACAUCCUAGAUCUGAUUAGUAGAAUGCUGAUUUACACGCCCAAAGAUAGAAUUAAGAUAGAGGAUGCAAUCAACCAUCCCUUCUUUCAGUCUGACCCUAUUGCAUAGAUGACACACCAUUCGGAUUUAUUGUAAACAUCUGAUUAAAAAGAAUAGAAAAAGGAGAUAAUCGAUUAUGGUGAAUACGGAACCUUUAAACAAGUAAAUAGUUUCACUUGA